GACAUACACAUAAAACAAUUUGUUAAUGAGUUUAACGUCAAGUCUACCAAUCCAUUUGAGUUAAAUUACACAGUAGCAUUAGUAGACAAACUUAAAAUCAAGCCUACAACCUUUACAGAAUGGAAGCAGAGACACUAUAUAACAGACCAAAUUGAUCCUGAGGAACUUAAAACCGUCGAUGCCCUCUUUUGUGCUAAUAGACCAAAUCUACCGAAAGAGAAAGCAUGGAAGGGACCAAAGUUAAUACAUUUUACUUUAGAACCUAAAACACAUUGUCCGAAGUGUCAUGAUAAAAAAGACCUUUUUGAUAUUCUAGCAACAUUUGAUGAAGAUACUGAUAUUCCCACAA